AUGCACCCAAGGGCCCUGGCUGGCUUCCUCUUCUUCAGCUGGACGGCUUGUUGGUCCCUGCCCCUUCCCAGCGAUGGAGAUUCUGAAGACUUGUCCGAGGAAGACUUCCAGUUUGCAGAGAGCUACCUGAAAUCAUACUACUAUCCUCAGAAUCCUGCUGGAAUCCUGAAGAGAACUGCAGCAAGCUCUGUGAUUGACAGGCUUAAAGAAAUGCAGUCAUUUUUUGGCUUAGAGGUGACUGGCAGACUUGAUGAUAACACCUUAGACAUCAUGAAAAAACCAAGAUGUGGGGUCCCUGAUGUGGGUGAAUACAAUGUUUUUCCUCGAACUCUCAAGUGGUCCAAAAUGAACUUAACCUACAGAAUUGUGAAUUAUACACCUGAUCUGACUCAUUCUGAAGUGGAAAAGGCCUUCAGAAAAGCCUUCAAGGUGUGGUCUGAUGUGACACCUCUGAAUUUUACCAGAAUUCACAAUGGCACUGCUGAUAUCAUGAUCUCUUUUGGAACUAAAGAGCAUGGCGACUUCUACCCAUUUGAUGGACCCUCUGGUCUGUUGGCUCACGCUUUCCCUCCUGGACCAAAUUAUGGAGGAGAUGCUCACUUUGAUGAUGAUGAAACCUGGACAAGUAGUUCCAAAGGCUACAACUUGUUUCUUGUUGCUGCCCAUGAGUUUGGCCAUUCCUUAGGUCUGGACCACUCCAAGGACCCAGGAGCACUCAUGUUUCCCAUCUACACCUACACUGGCAAAAGCCACUUUAUGCUUCCUGAUGAUGAUGUCCAAGGGAUUCAGUCUCUCUACGGUCCAGGAGAUGAAGACUCCAACUCUAAACAUCCGAAAACGCCGGACAAAUGUGACCCUUCCUUAUCCCUUGAUGCCAUUACCAGUCUCCGUGGAGAAACACUGAUCUUUAAAGACAGAUUCUUCUGGCGGCUGCAUCCUCAGCAGGUUGAAGCAGAGCUGUUUUUAACAAAAUCGUUUUGGCCAGAACUUCCCAACCGUAUUGAUGCUGCCUAUGAGCACCCUUCCCAUGACCUUAUCUUCAUCUUUAGAGGCAGAAAAUUUUGGGCACUUAGUGGUUAUGAUAUUCUGGAAGAUUAUCCCAAAAAAAUAUCGGAAUUGGGAUUUCCAAAAGAUGUUAAAAAGAUCAGCGCAGCCCUUCACUUUGAGGAUUCAGGGAAGACACUCUUCUUCUCAGAAAACCAAGUCUGGAGCUAUGAUGACACUAACCAUGUGAUGGAUAAAGGCUAUCCCAGACUCGUUGAAGAGGUCUUCCCAGGAAUUGGUGAUAAAGUAGAUGCUGUCUACCAGAAAAAUGGUUAUAUCUAUUUUUUCAAUGGACCCAUACAGUUUGAAUACAGCAUCUGGAGUAACCGUAUUGUUCGAGUCAUGCCAACAAAUUCCUUAUUGUGGUGUUAA